AUGCAGACUGCUUCUACAAACAUUUGUGAAAGAAUGGGUCACUCUCAGGAGCUCAGUGAAUUCAAGCGUGGUCCCGUGAUAGGUUGUCAACUUUGCAGUAAGUCCAUCCGUGACAUUUCCUGGCUACUAAAUAUUCCACGGGCAACUGUUAGUGGGAUUAUAACAAAAUGCAAGCAACUGGGAACAACAGCAACUCAGCCUCAAAGUGGUAGGCCACAUAAAAUGACAGAACGGGGUCAGUGCAUGUUGAAGCGCAGAAGCCGCCAACUGUCUGCAGAGGGUUGGGCUUCCAGUGAAGGGAACUCUUAAGGCGUCAGCAUACCAAGACAUUUUGGACAAUUUCAUG